AUGGACUCGGCCCUCAGCGACCCGCAUAACGGCAGUGUCGAGGCAGGCGGCCCAACGAACGGCACGACGCGGCCGCCUUCCACGCCCGAGGGCAUCGCGCUGGCCUAUGGCAGCCUCCUGCUCAUGGCGCUGCUUCCCAUCUUCUUCGGCGCCCUGCGCUCCGUGCGCUGCGCCCGCGGCAAGAAUGCCUCGGACAUGCCCGAGACCAUCACCAGCCGGGAUGCUGCCCGGUUCCCCAUCAUCGCCAGCUGCACGCUCUUGGGGCUCUACCUCUUUUUCAAAAUAUUCUCCCAGGAGUACAUCAACCUCUUGCUGUCCAUGUAUUUCUUCGUGCUGGGAAUCCUGGCCCUGUCCCACACCAUCAGCCCCUUCAUGAAUAAGUUUUUUCCAGCCAACUUCCCAAAUCGACAGUAUCAGCUGCUCUUCACCCAGGGCUCUGGGGAGAACAAGGAAGAGAUCAUCAACUAUGAGUUUGACACCAAGGACCUGGUGUGCCUGGGCCUGAGCAGCAUCGUUGGUGUCUGGUACCUGCUGAGGAAGCACUGGAUUGCCAACAACCUCUUCGGCCUGGCCUUCUCCCUUAAUGGGGUAGAGCUCCUGCACCUGAACAACGUCAGCACCGGCUGCAUCCUGCUGGGCGGGCUAUUCAUCUACGACGUCUUCUGGGUAUUUGGCACCAAUGUGAUGGUGACAGUGGCCAAGUCCUUUGAGGCACCGAUAAAAUUGGUGUUUCCCCAGGAUCUGCUGGAGAAGGGCCUGGAAGCGGACAAUUUUGCCAUGCUGGGACUCGGAGACAUCGUCAUUCCAGGAAUCUUCAUCGCCUUGCUGCUGCGUUUUGACAUCAGCUUGAAGAAGAACACCCACACCUACUUCUACACCAGCUUUGCAGCCUACAUCUUCGGCCUGGGCCUGACUAUCUUCAUCAUGCACAUCUUCAAACACGCCCAGCCUGCACUCCUGUACCUGGUCCCCGCCUGCAUCGGCUUUCCUGUCCUGGUGGCACUGGCCAAGGGAGAAGUGACAGAGAUGUUCAGCUACGAGUCCUCAGCGGAAAUCCUGCCUCAUACCCCGAGGCUCACCCACUUCCCCACAGUCUCGGGCUCCCCAGCCAGCCUGGCGGACUCCAUGCAGCAGAAGCUAGCUGGCCCUCGCCGCCGGCGCCCGCAGAAUCCCAGCGCCAUUUAUGAGGAGUCACAUCCAAAGGAUCCGGCAGCAGUGACAGAAUCCAGAGAGGGAACAGAGGCCUCGACACCGAGGGGGCUGGAGAAGAAGGAGAAAUGA